AUGGAUGAUGUGUGGUCUGAAAAACCCAAUGAUUGGGAGCCAUUCGAACUUGCACUCAAAUGUGGCGCUCAAGGUAGUAGAAUUUUGAUCACCACACGUAAGGAGGGAGUUGCAAAGAUGGUAAAUAGUGCUUAUACCAUCAAUUUGGAGGUACUGUCUGAUGAAGACAGCUGGUUGAUAUGCAGUCAAAUGGCAUCUGUUGACAAAGACGAUGAGCAACUAGGAAAACUUGGUCGAGAACUAGCAAAUAAGUGUAAGGGCUUGCCACUAGCUGCAAAGAUUCUAGGGAGUGUCAUGGGCAGCCAAAGAAGUAGGCAAAAAUGGAAGACUAUUUUGGACAGUAAUUUAUGGGAAUUAGAAGAUGUUCAAAAUGGUGUUUUAGGACCAUUAUUAUUUAGUUAUAAUGAAUUGCCGUCACCAAUAAAGCAAUGCUUCUUGUAUUGUGCUAACUUUCCAAAGGAUUAUCUCUUUUCUAGAAAUGAGUUGGUCUACCAAUGGAUGGCACAAGGAUAUUGUGGCUCAAAAUCUAAUAUGGAGGAUAUGGGAGAAAGGUACUUUGAAAAAUUAGUUAUGCACUCAUUCUUCCAAGAUUUUGAGAAAGACGACAAUGAUGAUGAUAAGAUAAUAAGAUGCAAAAUGCAUGAUAUGGUGCAUGACUUUGUCCUAUCAAUGACAACAAAUGAAUGCUUCACAAUUGAUGUUGACAAAGUGUUGGGGAUAGAUUGGAAGAGUGCUCGCCAUUUGACAUUAGAAUUUAAUAAGGAAACACAAUUUCCAGUAUCUAUCUAUAAUGCAAAAAAUCUACGGACUCUUUUUCUACAAACUCAUUUUUUUGAAAGAUCAAGCAUGGUCUUCUCAUCUGAUUUAUUCCAGCAUUUGACAUGUCUCCGGUCAUUGAAUUUGAAAGAUAGUUCCUUUGAGAAAGUUCCAAAUGAAGUGGAAAAAUUAAAACAUUUAAGAUUGCUCAAUUGA